CCAUUUCUGGUUGUCUCUCUCUCUCUCCCUCUCUCUCUCUCUCUCUCUCUCAACCGCCAUUAACGAUUUCAUCCACGAUUCAUUCGUGUUCUAGUGAGAGGAAGAGAUAUAAACGUCGCUUAUAGAUAUACACACACAGGCGGCGGAGCAGCAAAUUGCUUGACGGAGGGAGCUCACCGGCGUUGUCGUCCGAGGCAUCUUCUCCGGCUUUAAUACUUCUGGUGUCUCAGUAAAGAUGCCAGAUUCAGCUGAGAAGCUGGGGAAAGAUGUUCUAAAUGGUGGCAGUCAAGUAAAGGAAGACAGUGAGUAUGUACGGUUGGUUAUCCCAAAUGAACCACGGGCUGCUGAGGCUGAUAAUUUACAACCCCAAGCUGGAACAAGAUACAAGCCAUUUAUUUGGUGGAUUAAGGCUAUGCUAUGGUGCUUUAUUACCUUAAUAGUUCUUCUCAUUUUUGUGAAGUGGGGAGUGCCAUUUCUUUUUGAAAAGGUUCUCCUCCCAAUCAUGGAAUGGGAAGCUACUGCCUUUGGUCGUCCAGUUCUUGCCCUCGUACUUGUUGCUUCCUUGGCACUUUUCCCCAUAUUUUUAAUUCCCUCUGGCCCUUCCAUGUGGCUGGCUGGAAUGAUUUUUGGAUAUGGUCUUGGAUUUGUUAUUAUUAUGGUUGGAACUACCAUCGGCAUGGUCCUGCCAUAUUUGAUUGGAUUACUCUUCCGUGACCGCAUUCAUCAAUGGUUAAAGAGAUGGCCUCAGAAAGCUGAAAUGAUUAGACUAGCAGGAGAAGGAAGCUGGUUUCGUCAAUUUCGAGUGGUUGCACUCUUCAGGGUUUCACCAUUUCCUUACACAAUUUUCAAUUAUGCAAUAGUGGUGACUAGCAUGAGAUUUUGGCCCUAUUUAUUUGGAUCAAUUGCUGGAAUGGUCCCAGAAGCCUUCAUCUACAUCUACAGUGGUCGUCUUAUAAGGACAUUUGCAGAUGUGAGGUAUCGGAAUUAUCAUAUGACUUUAGUGGAAAUUAUAUACAAUGUUAUUUCCUUCAUUGUUGCAAUUGUCACUACGGUUGCUUUCACCAUAUAUGCAAAGAGAACGUUGAAUGAACUGAAGGCAGGAGAAGCCGGUGGUGAAGCCCCUGUUUCUCACCACAGCAACUUGGAGAUGGGGAAGCUUCCACUUGAAAAACCUAAGCAUCUGGGCUUCUCAUCAACCGAGUCAAUAGACUAGAUGGGUUGUAGAACUGUUUAUGCUAUGGUCAGAAACUAGGAUUAGGAUUCGUGAAAUGAGAAGAAAAAUUAAGUAAAAUGUUGUCCUCACAUACAUGUAAGAAGAAUUUAUGUACAUAAAAUAAGUCAUUUUCCUUUCCAUUGAAAAAUCUGUGCGCUAAACAAUUCCCUUGUAAUUUUGUGAUAGAUGUCCCUAUACUUGUAAGCAAAGAGAGAGAACGAGGCUUUUGUUGUACCUUACCUUAAGUCCAGAAGACCAUACCAACUGCCUUGGCAAAAUUGCUCUCUUUUGCUGGCCUUAAAAGUCCAGAGACCAUGCAACUAUCUUGGCAAAAUUGCUCUCACUUGUGGAUUGUUGAAUUGUUGUGGGCGUAAACAAAUUCACAACAAUAACUGGUGCUUCCAAUGCAUGAAUCUCCUUACUUUAGAGGUUCAAAAAAGAUUGGGGGCUUUGAGGGUACCCAAGGGCAUUGUGUCCUUGGGGGUGGGGUGCACCUUGAAUGAGAUGUAAUGCACAACGCCAAAGGGGUACGUUGCAACAUGAAAGGGGGAGUGUGGUCAAAAGUGAAGGUGGUAUGGUGCAAAUACAAGAGGGACGGCUUCAAGUCCAAUAUACUAUUAAGAGGAUGAACGGAUCACAGACUGGAUGUUCUUCGUUUCUUACGCGAUAUUUUCCAUCAGUGCUUUGCUUCGUGUUUACAGCAAAGCCGCCAUUAUUGGCUCUCCAUCCGGUCUCUGCUGCACACCUCGCAAUCGCUGCCCUCAGAUUUGUUAAUUCGUAUCCCCGAUCUCACCCACCACAAAGGGUUAGGUGCACUACCAGGCAAUAGCAAUUUCGGGGAAUAGGGACUUGCUUCAAAAUUUUGGUGCGCUGUUCAAGUUACAGUUGUGGAAAUCUCGCGGACAAAGCCAGGGAGAGCAGUAGAGGAGCCUGGCGCUGGAGACACUGCAUCGAAGG